GAUGUCAUGUUAUAUAUGAUUGAAAUGCAGCGUUCACGAGCUUUAACUAUAUUCAAAAAACUUCAUCGUACAUGUCAAAAUGUAUUUAAAGGGGAUGUUGAAGCAUUACAAAUUAUACAUAAAUUUUGUCUUGCUUAUUUAUCAAAACGUUUGUGUGUGUCUGUUCGCCUGCGAAUAUUACUGUCUAGCCACCAGAGAAAAGAUUAAUUCAGAGUUCAGGGCUAAUCGAAAUGAAACUGAUGCUGAGAAAAUAAACGAAUUAUUAAAAACUGCAGAAGACUGUGAAAUGUUAAUCAGAACUACGGUUAUUCAAAUGGAACUCGUCGAUGUUGAAAAAAAUGUUUAUAAAUUGAAUCUACGUAAAGAUUUGGCUUAUCAAGAUAAUGAACAUUGUGUUCAUGAUAAGAAGGAAGAUGUAUGAAAAACAACCAAUUCAACACAGAUCAAGAUCAAUAAAAUGGAAAAAAAACAAAAAAAAACAAAAACAUUUUAUUAGGAUUCUUUUGUUGUAUACUAUUUAAAAAAAUAUUGAACACUGCUGAUGAAUUGUUGUGGAUUGAUUUGAAUUAGUGCAUUUUGAUCAAUUGAGAAAAAUAGAAUUGAUAA